AUGCUGGAAAUGGAAAUGAUGACACCUGGUCGAAUAAUGAUUUGGCAGGCGGAGAACCCGGUGACCCAGUACACGCUCCAACUCAAGGCCAAAUUACUCCUUCAAAUCAUUAAGGCGGGUUUGAUCGGAAAUUGGAAGUUUCUUCGACGUUUGAUCCUCGACUUCGCCAUUUGUGGGCAACGAGUCAUGUUGAUUGUGAUUGUCAUAACCAUGAGGCUGGUAAACACCAUGUGGGAACGAAGCUUCGCAAAUUCCUUCGAGCCUCUCGAAUGA